CAGGAAGAAACAGCGCAGAGACGGCUUGAAAGCAGAAACGACAUAGUUUAGGUGAAAAUGGCAAAACUUCAUCUUUUUGUUCUUCUGGUCCUUUUUGCUCUGGUUCAAGUCGGAUCUAGCUGUAACUUUGAUAGUGACUGCGAUUUUGACAGCCGUUGUUGUGAGGACAAUCUUUGCUACAGUGAUGGCGUGAGCUGCCCUAUAGUUGGCAAGCUUGCCGGAGGAGUUGUGGUAGCCAUUAUCAUCUCUGUGAUCGUCGUUGUCGGRAUCAUYGUGGCCAUCAUUGCUUGUUGUUGCUGUGCUUGCUGUCCCGGCUAUCGUGGAUCCCCAGGACGAGUAGUAGUCACUCAGWYMCCUUAUCAGAAUUUUGGYGCCAACGUUGUUGUACAGAGUUCCACRAACACCGUUCAACAGACGCCACAGCCACCGCCACAAUAUCAUCCACAAGGACCUCCAGCUURUCCUCAACAAGGCUAUCCUCAACAAGGUUAUCCUCCUAAUUACAACCAACAACCUCCCAAGUAUUGAGCCAAGCUUACUUUAAGGCWACAAGCCUCGACAUGUACUAAGUAGACAUUUCUAGAAGGACUGCUGAAGGACUGUAGAAGAAGAGUCCGUCAUAACUUUGUUUUAUUUGACAAUAUAGUCCCCUGAGGGGGAGGGAUAGGUAAUGUUUUAUAAGGUUCAUGCAAAGCCCUUCUAGUUUUAUAAUAAUAGAUCGAAUGAUCCAUAAAAAUCGUCCAAGCAUAGUAAACUGAAACUUAUGUUGUUUUUUUUUGGCCCUUGUUUAAUCCUUCUUGUCAUAGAUUCUGAUUAUAUUCAAUGAAUUUUCUUAGUAAAAAUAUGUUUUUACUGUAAAGAAAAGAUAUACCACUAGUUUUUUYCCUCAAAAAGUCUUACUUAGCAUACAGUAAUGUUUGUUCAUUUAUUUUGCACGAACCUUGGUUUUUUAUAUGCUUUUAUAUGCUUUAGCUUCCAUUUGGUUUU